UAGCACCAGUAACUUACCACUUGAAAAACCAAAGAUGGGAAAUUUACUGGGAGCCCCGGUCACCGAAAAGGAAACCCAUCGCGGAGUCACAAAAGACGAGCGCCUGAAAUACGGGCUGUCCUCGAUGCAGGGAUGGAGAGUCCACAUGGAAGACGCCCAUAUCGCCGAGGGGGACCUGUACGCUCUUGAAGAGACAGUGACCGAAGCAACAACAACGUCAUGCGAGGGCAAAGAGGACGUUGUGCACAAGCGCAAACGCAAAAUCCCGCUCCACGGCCACUCCUUGUUUGCAGUCUAUGACGGACACGGCGGAACCUUUGCUGCCAUUUAUUCGGGGAACAACUUCCUGAGGAUACUUUCCAAGCAACGACACUUUGUCCGAUACGCCAAGAUGUGCAACGAGGACGCAGGCACGGGUGCAAAUUCGGGACCACCGCCCGCAACUCCCACCGGCAGCACCGAACCAACCAAACCCAAAACAACAACGGCCGCUGCGACACGCGCUGCGAAGAAGAUGCAGUUAUUGGAACAGGCCCUCAAACAGGCCUUUGUCGAAACCGACUACGAAAUCGGGUUGGCGAUCCGUGGAAAGUCCCACGCCGAUGCGAACUCGCCGUAUCACGACAAUCGCAAUGACGACGACGACGACGACGACGAUGCGAACCAACGCAAGGAUCGAGGCAAACAACAACACAGCAACACCGACCAACACCACGGAACCAACAGCAACACCGGAUCAUCUUCAUCGGCCAUGGCUGGGGCAGCCAUGAAGGCCGCCUCGGACCACGUGUCCGCGAUCGAAGACGAGGGGGAUUCCGGCACGACCUCUUGCGUCGUAUUGAUUACACCGGAGGCGAUAGUGUGUGCCAAUGCCGGAGAUUCCAGGGCUGUCUUUGCCCGGAGGCCACCCGAACCCGUGGUUCAGAAAACCACCGAAGGCGAGGGCAACCACGACAACAAUCCGUCUGCUGUCAGCAUACUCGGAAAGGCGAUACCCCUCUCGUUCGAUCACAAACCGGACGACGAGGAAGAGGAACGGAGGGUCCGGAAUGCCGGGGGAUACGUUGCCAACGGGCGCGUGGAGGGUGAUCUGGCGGUUUCCCGUGGACUCGGGGAUUUCCGGUUCAAACAGAUGGCGGUUGUCCUGAACAACACCCAGCUGUAUCCGGGAGACGACGAGGAAGACGGGCGGUUUUCUUCCUCGCAAAACAACCCCGGCAAACACAAGGACACCGUCAUGGGCACAAAAACGGACGACGACGACGAAGGCCACGACCGGGGUGUUUGUCGUUCGUCGUCUUCGGGAGCUCCGCCACCGCUGAUCUUUCCACCCGGCGAUCAAAAAGUCAGCCCCAUACCGGACGUGACCGUCCAUGCCCGAAAUGCCGAGCGCGACGAAUACGUGGUAGUGGCCUGCGACGGUAUAUGGGACGUGCUUUCCAACCAGCAGUGCAUCGCCGAAUUGGACGCGAUCAUGUACGACGAAGGGGAAUCCGAUCUGGGGCUGGUGUCCGAAGAGGUGCGUUUUUGUUUGGUCGACCCGUGAAUCAGUGCGUUGUGACAAUGGCUUGGCUUCAUUGCGGUCCGAUCGAAUCGGAUGGAACGGUGUCGUUUGGUAUUUGCGUUGUUUGGCUGCCGUUUUGCCUUUGGUGUUGCAUGGUUUGGAUGAUCCAUCMGAGCAAUCGCUUCCGUUUCACGCUGCAUUGAUUUCGGCUGCGUUUCGUUUGUUUUGGUGCGCUCGGUCUCGAACCCAACCGUCCCUUACCUCUUUUUUUUGUUGCCUCUGUCCGACCGGUUUGUCCGCAGAUCUUGGACACGUGCCUGCGAUACGGAUCGAAGGACAACAUGACGGCCAUUGUCGUCCAGCUCCCGGGGUGCGAAAAAAGCUAUUCCGAUGCGGCAAAAGCCAAGAGGAUGGCCCUGUCCGCGACGAGCAGCGGCAGCGAUGGCGCAGCCAGCACCACCGCUUCGGAAGGAGGAAGAAGCGAUUGCGAUCCACCACCACAAGAAGGAGUGGCCGGCCGCCGCCGAAAGCGAGACGAACACCACACCGCAGCCAUUGCUGCCCAGCAGGAAUGGCGGGAGGAAGAGGAAGCCAGGAACAACAGCGGAGGUCAGAGUCCGUUGCAGGGUGCUCGAGCGUCCCUGCCACCACCCUUAUGAAAGAGACAGCGCUCGUUGUAGCUAUG